CAGCUUUGAACUUUCAACCGAACCCAAAAUCCAAGUGCCCCACCAAAUGUUUCAAUCCUCUUCCACUACACAAAGAAACAACUUACUCCCUUUAUACCCUAUUAGCCUAAACCCUCGCUAAAAGCCAAUCCUCGAUAUAUAUAAUAACAAUAACACACUUGAUAAAUUCAUACCUCCUCAUAUAUAUAUGCAACAUUUUCAUAUCAGGGCAUCAAGAAAUAAAAUCUAAACAGAAAAAAGGAAAAAAAAAAAAAGACAUGGGAAGAUCACCAUGUUGUGAGAAAGCUCACACAAACAAAGGAGCAUGGACGAAAGAAGAGGACGAGAGGCUCAUAGCUUACAUUAAAGCUCACGGAGAAGGCUGUUGGCGAUCUCUCCCCAAAGCCGCUGGGCUUCUUCGGUGUGGCAAAAGCUGCCGUCUCCGGUGGAUCAACUAUCUCCGGCCUGACCUUAAACGUGGAAACUUCACCGAGGAAGAGGACGAGCUCAUCAUCAAGCUCCAUAGCCUUCUUGGCAAUAAAUGGUCGCUUAUUGCUGGGAGAUUACCGGGAAGGACAGAUAACGAGAUAAAGAAUUAUUGGAACACACAUAUACGAAGAAAGCUUAUAAACAGAGGGAUUGAUCCAACGACUCAUAGACCAAUAAUCCAAGAAUCAUCUCAGGAUUCUAAACCAACUCAACUAGAAGCAAUCACUAGUAACACCUUUAAUAUCUCCUUCACCUCUCCCUCUUCUACUCCAAAGAUAGAAAGCACAAGUUUUCAGGGAACAUCAGAGAAAAUCUCAAUGUUUACGUUCAAAGAAGAGAAAGAGGAGUGUCCAACUAAAGAAAAGUUGCCAGAUUUGAAUCUUGAGCUCAGAAUCAGUCUUCCUGAUGUUGUUGAUCGUCGUCGUCAAGGCUUGGUUGGAGAGGGAGAGUCAACGAGGGCGCGUUGUUUCAAGUGCAGUUUAGGGAUGAUAAACGGGAUGGAGUGCAGAUGCGGAAGAACGAGAUGCGAUGUAGUUGGAGGUAGUAACAAGGGGAGUGACAUCAGCAACGGCUUCGAUUUUUUAGGGUUGGCAAAGAAAGAGACAACCACUUCUCUUUUUGGUUUUAGAAGCUUGGAGAUGAUUUAAUAAUCUUGUCAAAUUUAGCCAAGGCGCAUAACUGUACAAACCUUCUUUCGUUUUUUUUUUUUUGCCUAGAGAAAUGAUUCCAAGGUAAUCCAUAACUUUGUAUGAUAAACUUUACUGUUGGAUUUUAAACUAUAUAGAACAUAUUUUUCUUACCCAACACUUUUCUGAGAUCGUAUAGUAUAAUUUGUAAGCGUUU